UGGCGUUGCCACUCCGUUGACACACGUGUUGAGCGGAUAAACAAAUUCUUUAACUGUCGAAAUCUUCGCAACCGAAGCAUCCGAAUAUUGUAUAAAAAAUCAGCCAUGCCGCCGGACAUCGAGAUCAUAGUUGGCACCUACGAGGAGUAUUUGCUGGGCUACCAGCUAACUGCAACGCCGGACGACGACAAACUGCAGCUGAAACAGACUUUUGCCGACAGGUCUCAUGCAGGAUCUAUUAAAUCAGUGGCUGUCCAAGGACCCUGGGUGGCCAGUGGCGGCAGCGAUGACCGUAUCUUUGUCUACGACAUGCGAACACGGAAACAGUCACAGAUCUUGCUUUCACACGCGGGUACAGUGAAUACACUCCAAUUCUCGCCAGAUCUGACGCACUUGCUCUCUGGCAGUGCCGAUGGCCAUAUGAUUGCCACACGUGUGGGCAGCUGGACAACGGAGGGAGACUGGAAGAAGCCUCAUGGCGGACAGGCCGUAACACAUAUCAGUUGUCACCCAAGCAGUAAAUUGGCGUUAUCUUUGGGCGGCGAUCAGGUGCUGAACACCUGGAAUCUGGUCAAGGGUCGUGUGGCCUACAAGACCAAUCUGAAGAGUAAAACGACGCUCGGUAGCCAACCUGAUUGCUUGUCUUGGUCCACACAGGGCGAUCACUUCACGCUGAGCGGUCCGUUGUGCGUGGAAAUAUGGGACAUCAAGAACGCCCAUGUGGUGCGGCGCUCCAAGACGCCAGCAAAACCUAUUUGCGUAGCCUGGCUGGAUGGGAAUGAGUGCCUUUUUGGCUUGGAGAACGGAAGCAUUGCAUGGAUUUCCCUUAAGGACGACGAGGAGGAAGCUCCACCAACCAUCAUUCCUGCACAUGAGGCAAGGGUCAAGUCAAUAGCAUAUCUAAACGAAUCACUGGCAACAGUCUCUAGCUCCGGCGAAAUCAAAGUCUGGAAUGUCGACCUCGAAAAGCGUGAGCUGGCUGAGAUUGCCAGCACCAACAUGGACUGUCGACCCACUGGCUUGGGCCUGCUGGAUCUCAGCCAAUUUGGCAAUGCUCGUCCGGUGUUGGAGCAACGCAUUAAAGUGGAGAAGAAACCAAAAGCCAAAGCUGAGGCUGGGCAAUCUGCCAAGCCUGUGGCACAACGGGGAUUCGUGACCAUUGAGUACGACCAGGAUGAAAAGCAGGAGGUUGAAGAGGAGGCAGUAACUACACCCAAGUCCAAGCAGAAGAAGAAACAGGUGAAGAAGGCGCCACAGGAACAGUUACCUGAGGAAUCCUCUGAAGAUAGUAAUUCCUCGGAGGAGGAAAGCGAGGACUUUUCCGAUAGUGACAGUGACGGCUCCAGUGAUGGCGGCCACCCUAAGAAGAGGCCAACCAAACGGAAACAGCCAUCCACUCCCGUCUCCAAACGAAAAGGCAAACAGCAGAAAAGAAAAUAAAGCUAAUGUUUAAAUUUUACUCUGUUGAUAAAGUUGAGUUAAUCUAGAAAUAUAAAAAGUCGUACAAAAUUUA